AAUGAUGAUUUGUAUGGCCAAAAAUAAAAGGCUUUAAGCUCUUGUUCAAGUUUUGUGGUUACUAUUCUUUUAUUUAUAUCCUAAUAAGAAUUUACGUCCCCUCCUCUGUGCUAUUUUGUUGUUUUUUGCCUCUCUCUCUCUCUCUCUCUCUGUUCAAGAUUUUGCCACAUACCUUCACCAUGAUUCUUCCCUGUCAGUCAGUCAGAACCCUGAUUGUCCAGCAGCACUGUUCCACUUCUUUUUGUCUACAUUUCUGCACAACAAUCUUCUGUUACGAUUAUGGUGCUGAAGGUAGAUCUUCAGUGUCACAAAUGCUACAAGAAGGUUAAAAAAGUUCUUUGUAAAUUCCCUCAAAUACGAGACCAGGUAUACAACGAGAAACAAAACCAAGUGGUGAUCAAAGUGGUAUGCUGCAGUCCAGAAAAGAUAAGGGACAAGAUUUGCUGCAAAGGUGGGAGUGCCAUCAAGAGCAUCGAGAUCAUGAAAGAGCCCGACGUCAAGCCUAAAGGUGACGGUAAGGGUGACGGUAAGGGUGACGGUAAGCCUAAAGAUGAUGGCAAGCCUAAAGAUGACGGCAAUCCUAAAGAUGACGGCAAGCCUAAAGAUGACAGCAAGCCUAAAGAUGACGGUAAGCCAAAUCCUGGACCACCAUCGCCUCAGCCAGUUCCUUGUGUGCCGGCGCACCGACCGCCUGUCCGAACGUGUUGUAUGGAAUGUUACCAGGGGCAUGCAGGUGGGCCAUGCCAUAAUCCUGGACCGCCACCACCUCAGCCGGUUCCUUGUGUGCCAGCGCACCGACCGCCUGUCCGAGCAUGUUGUAUGGAUUGUUACCAGGGGCAUGCAGGUGGGCCGUGCCAUAAUCCUGGACCGCCACCGCCUCAGCCGGUUCCUUGUGUGCCAGGGUAUCGACCGCCUGUCCGAGCGUGUUGUAUGGAUUGUUACCAAGGGCGUGCAGGUGGGCCGUGCCAUAGUGGUUAUGGCGGGGGCCCAGCCCCGUACGUCCAGUAUGAUGGUUACUAUGGAAGGCCUGUGUAUGACAGUUACGGCGGGGGCAGCAUGGGGUACUGUGUUACCCGCCCUGACUAUUUCAGUGAAGAAAAUACCUCAGCUUGCAGAGUCAUGUAAAUCAUCGAUCAUCUUGUUGGACAGUUACAUCUUCUUCAAUAUCGGGAUAAUAUUUUAGCAGUGUUUGUUGGUUUGAUAUUAAUAUUAUAGGAGGGCCAUGUAUUGUUAAGUGAAUAAUAAAGUUGGUUGAUCUUGGUGGACGUCAAGUCACAAUCACGUUAAUCUGUUCAUUAUAUCAUUAAUAUAGAGUAUAGAGAGAAAGAGAUACAUCCCAUCACAAAGAUGAAGAUGAAGAUGAAGUUGGUGCCUGCUACAAUUUUCAAUGCAAUAUAAGUUUCCAUUCCACAUUC